CCCCCGGCGGCGGCGGCGCUCGGUCCGUGCGGGGCGAGGCGAGGCGAUGCGGGCAGCGGUUCCCAUUUUAAAAGCUAUUGGAAGACACUCUGCCACCCUCUUGGAUUACUUCCCAAACGACUCAGCAUGUCACUGUGCCCUGGAUUUUACAAGGUGGCCAUGAUUUAAUCCCCACUUCCCACUCCUAUGUAUUGGUGAAGCACUGGAGCUCUUUUGAGCUGCUGUUACUCCCGUGGGAACUGAUCUGUCUCCAAUCCCUUCUCCCAAGGACUAGACAUUGCCAGCAAUGAGCUCCCAAAGCCAUCCAGAUGGGCUUUCUGGCAGAGACCAGCCAGUGGAGCUGUUGAAUCCACCUCGAGUGAACCACAUGCCCAGCUCUGUUGACGUCAGCACAGCCCUGCCCUUGCAAGUGGCGCCGAGCUCGGUGCCCAUGGACCUGCGGCUGGACCACCAGUUCUCCAUGCCGGUGACGGAGCCCACGCUGCGGGAGCAGCAGCUGCAGCAGGAGCUGCUGGCCCUCAAGCAGAAGCAGCAGAUCCAGAGGCAGAUCCUGAUCGCAGAGUUCCAGCGGCAGCACGAGCAGCUCUCCCGGCAGCAUGAGGCACAGCUGCACGAGCACAUCAAGCAGCAGCAGGAGAUGCUGGCCAUGAAGCAUCAGCAGGAGCUGUUGGAGCACCAGAGGAAGUUGGAGCAGCACCGGCAGGAGCAGGAGCUGGAGAAGCAGCACCGAGAGCAGAAACUGCAGCAGCUGAAAAACAAAGAGAAAGGGAAAGAGAGUGCAGUGGCAAGCACAGAAGUGAAGAUGAAAUUGCAGGAAUUCGUGUUGAACAAGAAGAAGGCUCUGGCCCACCGGAAUCUCAACCACUGCAUAUCCAGCGACCCUCGCUUCUGGUAUGGGAAGACCCAGCACAGCUCUCUGGACCAGAGCUCCCCACCCCAAAGCGGCGUCUCCGGCACCUACAACCACCCAGUCCUGGGGAUGUACGAUUCCAAAGACGACUUCCCACUCAGAAAAACAGCCUCUGAGCCCAACCUGAAGCUGCGUUCCAGACUAAAGCAGAAGGUGGCAGAGAGGAGGAGCAGCCCCCUCCUGCGCAGGAAGGACGGGCCCGUGGUCACGGCGCUCAAGAAGCGCCCGCUGGACGUCACAGGUACGGCGGACUCUGCAUGCAACAGCGCUCCUGGAUCUGGUCCCAGCUCUCCGAACAACAGCUCCAACAACAUCAGCACUGAGAAUGGAAUUGCAGGAUCAGUCACCAGUAUCCAGGCAGAGACCAGCCUGGCUCACAGGCUCGUGAACCGCGAGGGCUCCGUGACGCAGCUCCCGCUCUACACCUCACCCUCCCUGCCCAACAUCACACUGGGACUGCCUGCCACCGGCCCCUCCAGCGCGGGACAAGCGCAGCAGGACGCAGAGAGGCUCGCAAUCCCAGCCUUACAGCAGCGGAUCUCCUUAUUCCCUGGCACUCACCUCACUCCCUACCUGAGCACUACAACGUUGGAGAGGGAUGGGGGAACUGCACACAACCCUCUCCUGCAGCACAUGGUCCUACUGGAACAGCCAACUGCACAAACGCCCCUGGUCACAGACUGGUAUCUUUCAGGACUGCCCCUGCACGCACAGCCCCUGGUGGGUGGAGACAGGGUCUCCCCUUCGAUCCACAAGCUGCGGCAGCACCGCCCGCUCGGGCGCACCCAGUCUGCUCCCCUGCCCCAGAACGCCCAGGCCCUCCAGCAGCUGGUGAUCCAGCAGCAGCACCAGCAGUUCCUGGAGAAACACAAACAGCAGUUCCAGCAGCAGCAGCUGCACAUCAACAAGAUCAUCUCCAAACCCGCGGAGCCGGCGCGGCAGCACGAGAGCCACCCCGAGGAGACGGAGGAGGAGCUGCGGGAGCACCAGGCGCUGCUGGAGGAGCCCUACGGCGAGCGGGCCGCGGGCCACAAGGAGCCCCCGGCGCUGGGCAGCGUGGUGCAGGUCAAGCAGGAGCCCAUCGAGAGCGACGAGGAGGAGGCAGAGCCGCAGCAGGAGCUGGAGGCCGGGCAGAGGCAGGCGGAGCAGGAGCUGCUCUUCCGCCAGCAAGCCCUGCUUCUGGAGCAGCAGCGGAUUCACCAGCUGAGGAACUACCAGGCGUCGCUGGAGGCGGCCGGCAUGCCCGUGUCCUUUGGGGGACACCGGCCCCUGUCCCGGGCACAGUCCUCCCCUGCCUCAGCCACCUUCCCCAUGUCCGUGCAGGAGCCACCCACUAAGCCAAGGUUCACAACAGGCCUUGUGUAUGACACCUUGAUGCUGAAGCACCAGUGCACCUGUGGAAACACCAACAGCCACCCUGAGCAUGCAGGCAGGAUCCAGAGCAUCUGGUCCAGGCUCCAGGAGACGGGGCUGAGGGGCAAGUGUGAGUGCAUCCGUGGCAGGAAGGCGACGCUGGAGGAGCUGCAGACGGUUCACUCGGAAGCGCACACACUGCUCUACGGCACAAACCCUCUGAACAGGCAGAAACUGGACAGCAAGAAACUUCUAGGUUCCCUAACGUCGAUGUUUGUCAGGCUGCCUUGCGGUGGUGUCGGGGUCGACAGUGACACCAUUUGGAACGAGGUGCACUCGUCGGGCGCCGCUCGCCUGGCCGUGGGCUGUGUCAUCGAGCUGGUGUUCAAGGUGGCCACAGGAGAGCUGAAGAAUGGAUUUGCUGUUGUCCGGCCCCCGGGUCACCACGCAGAGGAGAGCACACCCAUGGGUUUCUGCUAUUUUAACUCCGUGGCAAUCGCAGCCAAGCUGCUCCAGCAAAGGCUCAACGUGAGCAAAAUCCUCAUUGUGGACUGGGAUGUCCACCAUGGGAAUGGUACUCAGCAGGCCUUCUACAACGACCCCAACGUCCUCUAUAUCUCACUCCAUCGCUACGAUGACGGCAACUUCUUCCCGGGCAGCGGCGCUCCAGAUGAGGUUGGCACAGGAGCAGGAGUUGGUUUCAACGUUAACAUGGCAUUUACUGGUGGUCUGGAUCCGCCCAUGGGAGACACGGAAUAUUUAACUGCCUUCAGGACAGUAGUGAUGCCCAUUGCCAACGAGUUUGCCCCAGAUGUUGUGCUGGUGUCAUCUGGUUUUGAUGCUGUGGAAGGGCACCCCACACCCCUGGGAGGAUAUAACCUGUCUGCAAAAUGCUUCGGGUACCUGACGAAGCAGCUGAUGGGGCUGGCCGGGGGCCGCGUGGUGCUGGCCCUCGAGGGUGGCCACGACCUCACGGCCAUCUGCGACGCCUCGGAGGCUUGUGUGUCUGCCCUGCUGGGAAACGAGCUUGACCCUCUUCCAGAGAAGGUUUUCCAGCAGAGAGCAAAUGCUAACGCCGUGCAUUCCAUGGAGAAGGUCAUCGAGAUCCACAGCAAGUACUGGCAUUCUCUCCAGCGUUUCGCCUCCACGGUGGGAUAUUCCCUGGUGGAGGCCCAGAAGUGUGAGAACGAGGAGGCAGAGACAGUGACGGCCAUGGCAUCGCUGUCGGUGGGUGUGAAGCCGGCGGAGAAGAGACCUGAGGACGAACCCAUGGAAGAGGAGCCUCCCCUGUAGCACCCACCUUCGAGCUGGAGUUCUCCUGUCUGUUCGUCUUCGUCUCGAAGCUCUGCCAAGAAGCUUUCUCUUGUUACUCCUGCGUCCUGUCGCGGUUAUUUCCCGAACACGGAAGGACAGCCAGGUGUAAAGUAAAGCAAGCGACACAAAAAACAAAUCUCUCCACAUCUUUGAGUCUCUUUUUGCUGAAAAAAACCGCUGGUGAAGAGCAGCAAAGGACUGACACGUUGGGCACUCUUCCUCUGGUCCUCACCGGGAGCAGAAAGAGGAACGAUGCCCGGGAAGUCUUUGGCAGAGCUGCCAAACAAAAAAAAAACAAAAACAGAACACGAGAAUAAUAAAGAAAUCAAAGAUUCAACAACACAAAUCAAACAAACCUUAACGUAAAACUGGUGCUUACAAAGUUGAUUACCCACAACUGAGCAAUCUCCGCUUGAACCACUCAACCCAUCGUGUACUUUCAUUUCUUGGAUCUUUGGAAAUGGCUCUUGCCUGCC